AUGUCGUCCGACUACAAUUUCAGCUUUGUGGGCGCGAGCGUGGCCAAGGCUACCGACGAGGGCCAGGAGCCAAGCGAGAGCAAGGCCUCUGACGCGCCGAGUGCGGGUGCCGACUCGGAGGCUCUUCUGGCCGAGGGUUGUGGCAAGGACGGAAACGAAGACGGCUUGUGCGGAGAAGGCACCGAGGGAGAAGAUGACAUUCCUGCUGAAGCUUGUGGAUAUUGCGGAAUCCACAACCCGGACACGCUCGUCGAGUGCAACCGGUGCAACAAGUGGUUCUGCAACGGGCGGACGGGAUCUGCAUCGCAUAUUGUGUCCCACCUUGUUCGAUCGCGGCAUAAGGAGGUGACGCUGCAUCCCAAGUCGUCGCUGGGCGCCAGUGUGCUGCAAUGCUGCAGCUGCAAGUCGAGCAACGUGUUUACACUCGGGUGGCUGGUGGCGGUGGACGACGACGUGGUGAUGCUGAUGUGCCGGGCGUGCUCGCAGAAUCCCGAGACAGAGCGCGACACCUCGUCGUGGUCGUCGAUCAUUGCCGACAAGGUGCUGGUUUCGUGGCUGGUGGGUACGCCGUCGCGGGACGAGUGGCUCCGGGCGCGGCGGCUGGCUACGCAGGACAUCAUCCGGCUGGAGGAGUACUGGCAGUCGCAUCCGGAGGGCACACUGGCGGAUCUGACGUCCGAGGCUGUGACCGGCGAGCUCGCGCCGGUCUCGCUGCGGUACCAGGACGCGUAUGCGUACAAGGCCACGUUUUUGGCGCUCAUUGCGAUGGAGGCUGACCACGACCGCAAGCUCAAGGAGUCGCAGUCUGAGAUUGUGCAGGCGCGGUUCGAGUUUGGGCUCAACAAGAAGCGGGUGGCGGUCUUCACGCUCGCCACGUCGGAGCUCGAGGUGCGGGUGGUGCCGGGCGACGAGCUCAAGCUCUCGACAGUGGGCGGUGAGUGGAACGACAAGGGCACGGUGGUCCGGCUCUCGUCCGCGGAGGAGGUUGUGCUUGAGCUGGCGUCGGCCAAGUCACCGCCGGCGGGCGAGACUAGGUUCAAGCUCGAGUUUAUCUUCAAGUCGACGCCGUUCAUGAGGAUGAAGACGGCGCUGAGUGCGUUUGCCACCGACGAGGCGUCUGUGGCGGGCGUCAUCUACCACCGGCUCCUUGGGCACGAUGUGAAGACGAUGGCGCUUGCGGCAGUGCUGCCAGACGACCUCUCUGCGCCGGGCCUCCCGCCGCUCAACGAGUCGCAGGUUGCGGCGGUGCGGUCUGCACUGACGGCGCCGCUCUCACUCAUCCAAGGCCCGCCCGGGACCGGCAAGACUGUGACGUCGGCGACGCUUGUGUACCACCUUGUGCGCUCGGCGCCAUCGAGCGGGCACGACCAGGUUCUUGUGACGGCGCCAUCGAACGUGGCGGUGGACCAGCUGGCGGAGAAGAUCCACGCGACCGGCCUGCGUGUGGUGCGGCUGACGGCGUUCUCGCGCGAGUCUGUGGACACGCCAGUCGACUUUCUCACGCUCCACUACCAGGUCAACCACCUUCAGACGCCGAACAAGUCGCAGCUGGCCAAGCUUGCGGCACUCAAGGAGCGAGUCGGGUCGCUUUCGCAGGGCGACGAGAAGAAGCUGCGGUCGCUGACGUUGGCUGCCGAGCGCGAGGUUCUUGACGCCGCUGACGUCAUCUGCUGCACCUGCAUCGGCGCUGGUGACCCGCGGCUCAUGCGGCGGCGGUUCCAGCGAGUGCUCAUCGAUGAGGUCUCGCAGGCGACCGAGCCCGAGUGCCUGGUCCCGAUUGUCAAGGGCGCGCGGCAGGUCAUUCUUGUGGGCGACCAGCACCAGCUAGGCCCGGUCAUCAAGUCUGCGCCAGCGUCGAAUGCCGGGCUCUCGGUCUCGCUCUUCCAGCGGCUGGUGUGUCUCGGCCAUCGGCCGGUGCGGCUGCAGACGCAGUACCGGAUGCAUCCGUCGAUCUCGGCCUUUCCGUCGAACACCUUUUACGAGGGCACGCUUCUCAACUCGUACCAACCGGCCGAGAACGCGCUGGCGUCUGCGGCCGAGUUCCCGUGGGUCGAUGCCAAGCGGCCGACGUUCUUCCUCCACACCGCGUCGCGCGAGGAGCUCUCGGCCUCGGGCUCGUCGUACCUCAAUACGACCGAGGCGCAGGCUGUAGAGGAGAUUGUGACCUCGCUGUUCCGGACGGGCGUCUCGCCAGGGCAAGUCGGCGUCAUCACGGCGUACGCCGGGCAGCGGGCGUACCUGCUCUCGUACCUGCAGCGGAAUGGCGAGCUCCGGCCGGAGCUGUACGCCGAUGUCGAGGUUGCGUCUGUCGACGAGUUCCAGGGCCGCGAGAAGGACUACAUUGUGCUCUCGUGCGUGCGGUCAAACCAGUACCAGGGCAUCGGGUUCCUCUCGAACCCGCGGCGGCUGAACGUGGCGCUGACGCGGGCAAAGCACGGGCUCAUCAUUGUCGGCAAUGCCAAGACGCUCGCGCGCGACCAGCUCUGGCACGACCUCAUCUCACACUACAAGGACAACGAGCUCCUUGUCGAGGGCGCGCUGUACAAUCUGCGGCUGGCGUCGUUCCGACUCCCGCGCCCACGCAAGGCCAAGCGCUCGACGGCGUUCACCUUUGACACGGCCUCGGCCGAGGCCGGGAGCGAGAGUGAGGAGCGGAGCGUCCGCGGCGCCGACGGCAGCACGCCCAGGCCGGGCCAGGCGACGCAGCACUCGUCUGCGACGGCGGUGUUCUCGGCACUGCUCGCGCCGACCGACUUUGCGUCGUCGGGCAGCGGGCAGAGCGGGAGCGGAGUCUCGGCUCCGCCGCCAUCGCUCUUCCCCGAGCUUGCGGCGCCGGCGCGGGCAGCAGAGCUUCCGGGCGCGGGCGUGUCGCUCGGGCCCAAUGUUGGAGCAAGCGGGCCGUUUGGCAGCGGUGUCUUUGCGCCGCCGCCGGGCACGCCUUGGGCCAGCUCGGACGGAGCGGGGCUCUCGCCGUACGCCAACAGUGGACCGAGUCUCCACUACUACAACAACCCGUACAUUUCGACGGGAAUGGGCGAGUACGGCGGCGGCGGCGGCGGCUCUGCGUUUGCGGUGUCGAACCCGUACAUGGCGGCGUUUGACCCGCUGGGAUCGAACGGGGGGGCGUCGCCGGCAGCGGCGGCGCACCAGGCGCAAAUGCAGGCGAUGCAGAUGCAGGCGAUGCAGAUGCAGGCGCAGCAGCGGCAGCAGUAUCUGCUUGCGCAGCAGGCGCAGGCGGCGGCGGCGGCCGGCGGCGGCGUGCAGGGCCCGUGACGAGGUGUGUGUUACUGGUGAGGCGGGCCGUGCGGCGGCGGAGCGCCCGCGCCUGGAGGAAAGUACGACGGGUACGGCUGGUGGCUCGGGUGCUGCGGGUGGUACGCGCCCGGGUACGGCUGGGGCGCCUGCGUCGGCGGUGGUGACGGAUGCGGCGGGGCGUAGUACGCGCCGGCCUGGGCCUGGGCCUGGGCCUGGGCCAUCAUCAGCUGGUACUGGGCCGGGUUCAUCUCGCCCGAGCCCUGCGAGCGGAAGGAGCCCUCGCCCGGCGCGCCGGGCCACUUGGGGUCAACGCCUGCCGGUGGCGGGUAGGCCUGGCUGGCGAGCGCGUCGCCGUAGAGGUGGCCUAUGGGCGCCGCAAGCGGGGCGGGGUGGCCCAUCUGCGGCAUGUAGCCUGGCAUGCCCAUGGGACGCGGGUUUUGGGCCGGUGGCGGUGGCUUGGGCUUGGGCGUCCAUGCCGGCGCCGACGGAUUGAGCGUAAACUCCUUUGCGUUUGGGUUGAGCUUGGACUUGA